AACAAUCAGAGUCGUGUUGACGGAUGAACAUCUCCUCCUCCUUCCUCCUCCUCCUGGUUUAGUUGCGUUGGAGAGAAAUGGCGUCGGGAUGGGGAAUAACGGGAAACAAAGGGAGAUGCUACGAUUUCUGGAUGGAUUUCAGCGAAUGUAUGUCUCACUGCAGAGAGCCCAAGGAUUGCUCGCUUCUUCGUGAAGAUUAUCUCGAGUGUCUCCACCAUUCCAAAGAGUUUCAAAGAAGAAACAGGAUAUACAAGGAGGAGCAGCGUAAACUAAGAGCAGCCUCGAAGAAAGGUGAAGAAGGCGGGGAUGGGACUCAUACCCAUCACUAGUCAACAAUACCCCUCCAGAUUUGCAUCUUCAUCCCAUUCCAGACAAGAAUAAAUAUGGUUCAUGGAAGAUUUUGUAUGUGUUUCAACACAGAAUCCCAAAAAACCCUUUUAUUGUUUUUCUCAGUUUGCAAUUUAUCGAAUGAUGUUCUGCUUUCUUUUCAUGUUCAUUGACUCGACUUUUAGAUGCUACAUACCUUGAGGCAUAUACUCUUUUCACCUGAAUUACGGAUACCUGCAACAA